ACGCGCAGCGUGAAGCAGGUGCGUGGAUAUGGGCUCGUAGGCGGAGUGGAAUAGAUCGAUGGGGCGGCCGUUGUAAGGCGGAUGUUGCUUUCACAUGCACCCGAUUGCUGGGCCCGAACAGGCCGACGCCAGCGGCCCGAUGGUUGAGAUCAAAGGAGACAAGAUCGCUCCACGAGGAGUCCACGUGGCUCCCUCGUGGCUGCACCAAUGUCAAAAGUGGGGCAGAAUCAGGGGGAGGCACCACAUUCGCCACUGCCAAUUCUCCGCGGAGUUUCGAGCGGUUUGAUGCCGAUCCCAAACUCGACCGAGUGCUGCCUGGUGAGUGCUGACCUCGACGUCCGACUUGGCCCUAUCCCUCAACACCCCCCAAAAAUGUCGACCUUCUCGUCCCAGCCCAUCGUCAUCGACGGCAAGGGCCACCUUCUCGGCCGCCUCGCUUCGACCAUCGCCAAGCAGGCUCUCUCCGGCCAGAAGGUUUCGGUCGUCCGCUGCGAGGAGAUCAACGUCUCGGGCUCGUUCUUCCGCAACAAGCUCAAGUACCACGCGUACCUCCACAAGCGCCACAUCGUCAACCCCAAGAAGUCGGGCCCCUUCCACCACCGCGCUCCCUCGCGCAUCCUCUUCAAGGCCAUCCGCGGUAUGAUGCCCCACAAGACCGCCCGUGGUGCCGCCGCCAUCCGCCGUAUCUCGCUCUACGACGGUGUGCCGCCCGCCCAGGACAAGGUCAAGAAGAUGGUUGUCCCCGCUGCUCUCCGCGUCCUCCGCCUCAAGCCCGGCCGCAAGUACGCUACUCUUAAGCGUAUCUCGCACGAGGUCGGCUGGGGCUACAAGGACGUCGUUGACCGUCUCGAGGAGAAGCGGAAGGUUAAGGGCCAGGCCUACUUCGAGCGCAAGGAGGCUGCUCGCAAGCUCCGCGCCAAGGCCGCGGCCAACGCUCCCCAGAACGAGACCCUCGCUAAGUUCGGCUACUAA